AUGCCUAAGAUAAAAACAAGCCGUGUCAAGUAUCCUGAAGGAUGGGAGCUUAUUGAACCAACAAUCCGUGAGUUGGAUGCGAAAAUGAGAGAAGCUGAAAAUGAUCCACAUGAUGGGAAGAGAAAGUGUGAAGCUCUCUGGCCUAUUUUCCGUAUUUCUCAUCAAAGGAGCCGCUACAUAUAUGAUCUUUACUACAGAAGGAAGGAGAUAUCAAAGGAGCUUUAUGAGUUUUGCCUGGACCAGGGUUAUGCAGACCGUAACCUGAUUGCAAAGUGGAAAAAGCCAGGUUACGAGCGCCUUUGCUGCCUUCGGUGCAUACAGACACGUGACCACAACUUUGCAACGACUUGUGUCUGCCGGGUCCCCAAGCAUCUGAGGGAGGAGCAGGUGGGUGGCGAUGAGCGGAGUUCAGGGGCCGGAGGUGGUGGUGUCCAGUACGUGAUCAGGUACGAGGAGGAUGGGGAGAUGGAGAGGGUGCUGGAGAGGCAGGCCGAGCUGAUAGGGCAGUACGAGGAAGAGGAGAAAGCUCAGAGGGAGUGGGAGAAGCAGUACAGCAGGAAUGCAAACAAGGGUGACAUGGAGCUAAAGAAUAAGGCAUAUCAGACAGAUGCAGGGGCUAAAUCAAAUGUGAAAAACCUCGCCAACACCAACAACCCGACUGCUGAACGUCUGCAGAAGGGUUCCCUUUCAGAAUCGCCCCAAAACGGUGCCCGGCGGCGUGAAGGUGAAGCAAACGAAGAGCCCGAUCAUGGUUGUGCUCAAACAUCUUCCAUUUCAGCACCAGAAAGCUCCAACGACAGCACAGUCACAAGGCAAGAUCAAGACCGCGGAAACCAAAUAUCUGACGGCGAUUCAGGCUACAGUACGAAUGCUCGGUCUCCUAAGCACGACGCCGUCAUCAGAGCACCAUCAGAUGGGAGCCCAUCGAGUGACACCCUCAACAGCAAGGUCACCGACUGGAGCUCGUCACAGUUCCAUGACUGCACAGACAGCCAGCUUGACACACAGUCGUCGUAUCCACCGCCGUCAUGCAGCAUUGCACACGUAGAGAGUGUCCUGCAGGCGCUUCAACGCGCCAGGAUAUCCCUGAGCGCCAGGCUGAGCAAGCCAGUUCCUCCCAGCCAGGUGACCCUGGCGCUCCCGGCGCCCGGAGAUGAGCACAGAGAGUACGACGACCUGCCGGCCAACGAUGACGACGAAGACUCGUAUGGUGAAAAGCUCAGCUGUUCAAGUCCAGCACUUCAGGAGAUGCUGGUGCUCCCGGCACCAGAGGAUUACCAUGAAAGGGACAGGGAGGAUUCGACGCUGGACGACGCUGCCACUUCCCAUGUAGAGAAAUCAAGCAGCUCGAGCCCUCCUCGUGAGGAGAUGCUGGCGCUCCCCGCGCCAGGCCACGAUUACCGCAAGGAGAUCGAGGAUUACAUGAAGAUCCCCGUCGGCACUCCCGGUCUAUUCCGGUUGCCCAUAGACUCGUUUCCAGUGGAUGAGAAGAUGUUCUCAGGUACUGCCUGUGGUUCAGGGUUUAGUCUGGGAGCAGGGGCUCGCCAUGCCACGAGCAUUUUGAGCAACACUGCUGCUUCUUGUGGUGCCACGACAUCAGUUCCGUCGAUUUCCGGUGAUGGUUCUGGGUUCCCAUCAAGGCAUUAG